AUGAGCGUCAACAAAGCCGACGAAGCUCUCGAGCGGGCCGAGGACGAUGCCCAGGCCCAAUCUUCCGACUACCAUGGGGAAAAGCCCACCGCCGAGGCCGAGAGACCUAGAUCCUCAGGAACUGGGUCCUCAACGGGCUCCAGCAGCUCUGUCGACUAUGACCCUCAAUUCCGCAGAUUACAGUCGCGCAAUACGGAGGUGGAUCUGGAGCGCCAGCGAACGGGCCUGUCCCAAGCGCUGAGCCGCAUUGAAACGCAACGCCUUCAACAUGCCAUGACCGUUGGUGAAAGCGUCAAGUCGCGACCCUCCAAGCUUCCCCUCCCGGCAUUCGGCGGCGGCAAGCCUUAUCCGCCGCAGUUGCCAAACCGCGAUGACUAUGUCGUGGAAUUCGAUGGGCCAGAUGAUCCUCUAUACCCUCAGAACUGGCCACUUAAAAAAAAGAUCUACAUUAGCGCUAUGCUCGCAUAUACAAGUAUCUGCUCGACUUUUGAUUCCGCCAUUUUCAGCGCCUCUUCAAAAAACGUUUCCUCAUAUUUCGGCGUCGGUCUCGAAGUUUCGGUUCUAUCCAGCACCCUGUACAUUGUCGGCUACGCGUCCGGGCCCUUGCUCUGGGCACCUCUUUCCGAGCUCAAGGGCCGCCGCCCCGGUAUCAUCAUCGCCAUGCUGGGGUUCGGUAUUUUUAACACUGCAGUAGCCGUUUCCAAGGAUAUCCAGACGCUCAUGAUUUGUCGAUUCUUCUGCGGCAUUUUUGGCAGUUCGCCCCUAGCGGUCGUCGCUGCUGUUUUCUCCGACAUCUAUAACAACCGUACCCGUGGUAUUGCGAUCGCUUGUUUCUCCAGCACCGUGUUUCUGGGACCUCUUGUAGCUCCCUUUAUUGGAGGCUUUAUCAACAUGUCCUAUCUUGGCUGGCGCUGGACGGCGUAUAUCCCUGCAUUCAUGGGUUAUGCGGCCUUUGUGAUGAACCUUCUCUUCCUUAAGGAAUCAUACCCGCCCGUUGUGCUCGUUGAGAAGGCCGCUGAAUUGCGUCGUCGCACGAAGAACUGGGGAAUCCACGCCAAGCAGGAAGAGAUUGAAGUGGAUUUGAAAGAGCUGAUGGUGAACAACUUCUCCCGUCCACUCCGCCUACUCUUCGGCGAGCCGCUUAUUAUGGCGGUGACGAUCUAUCUCAGUUUCAUCUACGGGCUUCUCUAUUGUUUCUUGACGGCCUACACCGUCGUCUUCCAGGGCGUGUAUGGUAUGAACCCUGGUAUUGGCGGCCUGCCCUUGUUCGGUAUGGUCGUCGGCUUGUUCAUUGCCGCAGCAUACAUCAUCAUCUCUAGCAGGUGGUAUAACAAGAAGCUGGAAAAAAACGGCGGCGUGCCUAUUCCUGAGUGGCGCUGUCCUCCUGUGAUUCUUGGUGGCGUGCUCUUUGCCGCAGGUCUUUUCUGGUUCGGAUGGACUGGGUUCACGAACAGCAUCCCCUGGAUCGUGCCAACCUUGAGUGGCCUAUUCACUGGCUUUGGUCUCCUGAUCAUCUUCAUUCAGCUGUUUAAUUACUUGAUUGAUACCUAUCUCAUGUUUGCUGCGUCUGCGAUUGCCGCAAACACAUUCUGCCGUUCAAUGAUCGCCGCAAGUUUCCCGCUAUUCUCGCGCCAAAUGUUCGAAAACAUGGGCGUUCAAUGGGCUUCGACUCUGCUUGGCUGUGUUGCCGCUUGCCUUGUUCCUAUUCCAAUUGCAUUCUAUUUCUACGGCAAGAAACUCAGAAUGAAGAGCAAGUUCGCUCCUUUCUUCGAGCCUGCCACGGAAGCAUAUGCAGAGGAGCCGGAGGAAACUGGAGAGGAGACUGAAGUAGCCGAAGAAUCCUAA